AUGACUCAACUUCAAGAUCAGCAAAGGUCACCAUCUAGAUCUCGGUCUGGAAAUUUUACCCCAUCUACUGUAACGUGUUUCACUUGUGGCCAUACUGGACAUUAUAGAAUUUCUGAAGAUGAGUCAUUAUUUUUACUAGCAGAAAGGCCUAUUCAUCCCAAGCCUAUAGUAAAUAUGCCAAUUAUUAGGAAAAAGUCAACUGGAACGAAAACAACUGAUUUAAUCGAUCUUGAAGAAGGAGAGAAUACUAAAGAUCUAGACGUAGAAAUGGAAGAAGUUUAUAAAGAUCAUAAAGGUCAAGGAUUACAAAACCUGGUUACUCAAAAUCAAAACCAAGACCAAGACGAAUCUGCCAAACUACUUGAGGUAAAGAAGGUUGAACUGCCUAAAGUAAAUAAAAAGAAAGAAGAUGUAAAA